CGAGUCAGCGGCCUAGGCCUGGGCCGUCCCCGCGUUCCGGAGCCUGCGGGGACUUUUUUUGAUGGAGCUCCAGACCCCGGGGCGUCCCUCUGACGGGGUCUCCGAGACCAGGCCUGGCUUCUCCGGUCCUUAGGGUUUUGCUUUGGUUUGGGGAUACCCUGGGGGACCUCGCCUUAUCUCGGAGCGGUUUGCAUCUCUGUGCGGCCUUCCCCUGUAAGGGCAGCUUGGAGGAGAGUCGUGAGGCAUUAAUAUUUAUCCCGGUGCUAGGCACAGGGUAAAGGCCCCGUGACUUACUGUCAUUCGGGACUGCUCCCGGGCGCGGGGUAUUCCAGCAGGAGAGUUCAGCUUGCCUGUGGAAGGAAAUUUGGGUUCGAUUCUUUUUGGCCCUUCUAUAGUGAAUACAUGGCUCCUUACUAUGAAGCCUUGUGCAGAUCCCUCGACUGGCAGAUAGACGUGGACCUACUCAAUAAAAUGAAGAAGGCAAAUGAAGACGAGUUGAAGCGUUUGGAUGAGGAGCUGGAAGAUGCAGAGAAGAAUCUAGGAGAGAGCGAAAUUCGUGAUGCAAUGAUGGCAAAGGCCGAGUACCUCUGCCGGAUAGGUGACAAAGAGGGAGCUCUGACAGCCUUUCGCAAGACAUAUGACAAAACUGUGGCCCUGGGUCACCGAUUGGAUAUUGUAUUCUAUCUCCUUAGGAUUGGCUUAUUUUAUAUGGAUAAUGAUCUCAUCACACGAAACACAGAAAAGGCCAAAAGCUUAAUAGAAGAAGGAGGAGACUGGGACAGGAGAAACCGCCUAAAAGUGUAUCAGGGUCUUUAUUGUGUGGCUAUUCGUGAUUUCAAACAGGCAGCCGAACUCUUCCUUGACACUGUUUCAACAUUUACAUCCUAUGAACUCAUGGAUUAUAAAACAUUUGUGACUUAUACUGUCUAUGUCAGUAUGAUUGCCUUAGAAAGACCAGAUCUCAGGGAAAAGGUCAUUAAAGGAGCAGAGAUUCUUGAAGUGUUGCACAGUCUUCCAGCAGUUCGGCAGUAUCUGUUUUCACUCUAUGAAUGCCGUUACUCUGUUUUCUUCCAAUCAUUAGCGGUUGUGGAACAGGAAAUGAAAAAGGACUGGCUUUUUGCCUCUCAUUAUCGAUACUAUGUAAGAGAAAUGAGAAUUCAUGCAUACAGUCAGCUGCUGGAAUCAUACAGGUCAUUAACCCUUGGCUAUAUGGCAGAAGCAUUUGGUGUUGGUGUGGAAUUCAUUGAUCAGGAACUGUCCAGGUUUAUUGCUGCUGGGAGACUACACUGCAAAAUAGAUAAAGUGAAUGAAAUAGUAGAAACCAACAGACCUGAUAGCAAGAACUGGCAGUACCAAGAAACUAUCAAGAAAGGAGAUCUGCUACUAAACAGAGUUCAGAAACUUUCCAGAGUAAUUAAUAUGUAAAGCCAUGUAACAAAGGAUUUCCUUUAGAGAUAAUUAUUUGGAAUUUUUAUAGCUUACUUCACUAUGUGCCCAGGUCAACUGUAUAAAAUAAAUAUGCAUUGUUUCUUUCCA